AUGGAAAUGGAUAAUAAUAAUAUUAAUAUUAAUAAUAACAAAUUUAUCGGUUUAGAGUACGCUGUUCCAAAGAAAGUUUAUAAUUUGAAGGCCAUGCAACAGGAUCAACUAGGUAGAAGUUUUAAUCAGAACGUCACACAGGCAUCUCAUCCAAAUUCUCACAAGAUUGCUUAUGGUGUGGUUAAUAUGCAAAAUCCCUUCGAUUAUCAGAAAGAUAUACCUGUAAGUAAUGGGAUAUGGCAAGAUUCGAAUCUUCCAAUGAGAGGAUACACGCUUUCUAGAUCUAAUUUGCCUGUAAAGGUUUCUGAAACUUAUGGGGGUAGUAAUCAAAUUUUAAAUAUAAAUGCUGGAAAUAAUAUGAAUAGUACACCUAUUAAAUAUUCUGAAUUCCCUCCAAUAGGGAAUCUUAUGCUUUCUAUGGAUACUAAAAAAGAUCUUACCUCAGAUGAAAAUCCUUCCAAGUUAUUUAUGGAGGAAGAUCUAAGAAUAAAAGAGGAACAAUUAAAUUCAUUGACUAAGGAAUUGAAAAACCAAAAAGACUUAUUUAAUAAGUCUUUAGAUUACAAUCAACUGGGUUUUAAGCAUGAUAAAAUUAAUCAAAAAGAUUUGGCUCAAGAAAUUGCACCUGAUUCUGUUGAAAGUUUAUUUAAGACGCUAUCAUCAGAAUUGCAGUCUAAAGAGGAAGCCUUAAGUGAUCUUCGAGAUAAAUUUGAAUGUGUAUUAACAGCUUUGGCAUUAGAUACUGAAAAUCCUAUAACAAAAUAUGGAAAUAAUGAUACCGAAUCAAUAGCUCGUAGAAUAGUCUUGCGUAUUGAGAACCUUUCAAAGGAAAAUCAAGAAAUGGCUAAAUUGCUCUCUUUUAAUAGUUCUAAACAGACACAAAUUGAGUUGGAGCUUGUUAGAAAAGAAAACGUUGAGUUAAAAGAACGAUUACGUAAACUUCACGAAACUCGAUCAUAA